UUGUGCUCAGCUGCAUCCCUAAAUUCCCACACCUUCCCAUCCUUUCCAUCAAACCACAUACCAACCAAAACCAACCAACCUCCAAUCCAAACCCAUGGAAACCAACAAUUCUACCCAAACCAAACUCCAGAUCUUCAUACUCUCAGGCCAGAGCAACAUGGCCGGCCGAGGCGGCGUGACAAAAGACAAACACUGGGACGGCGUCGUUCCACAGGAGUGCAACCCCGAUCCCUCCACCAUCCUCCGCCUCAACUCCGACCUCCGCUGGGAGGCGGCGCGUGAUCCUCUCCACGCCGACAUCGACUCCAAGAAAGCCUGCGGGGUGGGUCCCGGAAUGUCGUUUGCUAACGCCGUCAAGGAUCGGGUGGUGGGGGUUGUAGGGCUGGUACCCUGCGCCGUCGGAGGCACGGCCAUUAAGGAGUGGGCACGUGGGAAGCAGUUGUAUGAGGAUAUGGUGAGGAGGGCUAAAGAGGCGGCGAAGGAAGGAGAGAUUAAGGCGGUGCUGUGGUAUCAAGGAGAGAGCGAUACGUUGACGAGAGACGAUGCUGAGUCGUAUAAGGCGAAUAUGGAGAGACUCGUUUGUGAUUUGCGUGGUGAUCUUCACUCUCCUUCGCUACCAAUUAUUCAGGUGGCAAUUGCAUCAGGGGAGAAGUAUAUGGAGACGGUGCGGGAGGCGCAAAAGAGCAUUGAUCUACCCAACAUGGUGUGCGUCGACGCAAAGGGGUUGGCACUCGGGCAUGACAACCUACACCUAACCACGGAGUCACAGGUUCAACUGGGCAUCAUGUUGGCUGAUGCCUACCUCAAGCAUUUUGACCAACCAACUUGUUCUGUUCCUUGACUUCCAAUGAAACCCAAAUCCUACAUUUGCAUUAUGAAUUUGAAUAAGAAUUUGAAAAAAGAAAAAGAAAAAGAAAAGAUGAAUGAAAUAUAAGUUAUAUUUCUUAACAAUUUAUUUUUAUCUUUCUAAUUUUAAAACUCUAUUUAUAUUUAUAAUUCAAACAGUGUGCCUUUCCAUGUCCCGUGUGUGUAAGGAAGUGGCAAUGAGAGGUGGGUGAGAAAGUAGUUUAGGGUUCGCAUCAAGCCUAAGGUAGUUUGGUUGUGCAAAAUGGCCCACUUGGCUUCUUUUCUUGAAUUGAAAUUGACUUUUGAGCUGUUCUGUUUAGUUCAUCAUGAUGAUGUUGUUGUUGU